ACACUCACACGUCGGAGUACUGUUCAGAAAACUCCACAAACCCGACACACCGGGGUCCCUCUGGCCCUCGUAUGUAGUCGGACAAGCAGGCGCUGAGAGCCGUGUCGAUGAUUCAAGCUAUCAAACGUCCAAGAUUACAAUUUGAGUCUUCGAGUCGGACUGAGCUCGAUGAAGCCUAUGCCCCAGUCAGACUAUCAAUUUUAGAAGCAAUGACUGACACUUCCCUUUGGUUCCUUCGGGAAGUUUGCCCACCUGAGCCCUCCUACAUCAGUGCAUAUGGUUCGAUAUACACAUAUGGUGUCGGGGAUACCUGUCAGUCCUGUGACACUAGGUACGUUAUUCGGAUCCCGCAUAUAUACUUAAGCUUCAUAGUGAAGCAUACCUAUCCAUCCCCGGUUUAUGACCUUUGACAUACCCAUCAUUGACCUAAGGAAAGUAAAAUGGGCUUCUUCUCCGGCGUGUCCCGUCUUUUCUUCGAUAUCGGGAUCUUAUCUUGGGAUGUUCUCGUUACGCUCUCCAAUCUCGUGAGGAGGAACCGCCGCAUCAGACAUGUCACCCCCGAAGGCCACCCAGGCUAUGGAGGGUACUGGCCCGAGUAUAGGCCUCCCAAGGGGACCGACUCCCGCUGCUCUUGCCCUGCACUCAAUGCGAUGGCCAACCAUGGCAUCAUCUCACGCAGUGGCCGCGAGAUCUCGUUUGUCGAGGUUGGCCACCAUAUCCGGGCAACAUACAACUUCAGUUCUACCUUCUGCUCAUUUGUGCCGCACUUUGCCGCUCGCAUGCUGAAGAAAAGCUACAGUGAAGAUACAUUUGAUUUGGAAGAACUCGACCUGCACAAUGGUAUUGAACAUGACGCCUCUCUCUUACGCCUUGACGCUGCUUUUCAACCAGACCAAUCGAUAAAACACGUACCUUUAAUUGAGGAGUUACUUGCAGCAGCGACCGGCAAGGACGAGGACGGCAAUGAUCUCAUCACCACCAAAGAUCUCUCCAGGAUGCUCGGCAAGCGACGUGCAAUCGCGCGUGCAGUAAAUAAGGAGUUCUCUCUCAACUUUCUCCACAGGAUCUUUGGGAGCACGAAUGCAGCAACCCUAGUCACUGUCUUUGGAGGUCGUGUAGACCACCUUCAUAGCUUCCUUCAUCAUGAGCGACUCCCAGAGGGCUGGGAGUCGCACAUUCGCCAACCUCAUGGACUGACUCUGAUGACAUUCAAUAAGACUAUACUAGGAGUUGAGCUUGGUGUGUACGAGCAGGAUUGGGCAGAAGCCGCACGAGAGGCUGUAGAACGUCAUACUGCUCCUGCUUGAAACUUCGCCCAGAAGGGGCUACAUACUUGGACGUGACGUUUGGAGCUUGUCUGACGUUACAAACCUCACACAUGUUGUCUGCUCUUACUUAUUUGAUGUACUUUCACAUGUUCUAGAGAUCCUGCAGAUGCU